GAGGGUUUUUUGGUUUUUAACACCAAGAAGAUAUAAUGUCGGAUCCUGCAUGGCAGUGGUGUACAAGGGUGAAUCCCAAAGAUAGAUUAAGAGUUAAGUGCAAUUAUUGUAAGCAAAUCAUAUCAGGAGGGAUUUCUCGCUUUAAACACCAUAUAGCUGGUACACACAGCGAUGUGGCUGCUUGCAAUGGCUCCCAAGAGAUCCCAUUGCCAGCGUAUGUAAAGCACCAGUGUCAGCAGCUUCUUGAAGCAGUGAAAGCAAGUAGGAUUGAAAAGGACAUGGAAGAUGCGGAGGAAGGAUAUGGGGACCCACAUGAAGGGGAAGAAAGUGAAGGUGAAGAUGUUCAACUUGAACAAGAAGAUGUUGGUGUCAGUUUGGGAACAACUAAAGGGAAAGGCAUCAUGCAUGGAGGUGGUUCUUCUGCAACUGCAACCAGAAAAAGAAGAGGUGCAAGUAUAAGUUCAGUUUCACGAGGACGUGGCAGAAGUCAGGGUCGUACUGGUGGUGGUAGAGUACCUACUAUGAAGUCGAGCAAUAUGUCUGGUUCGAUCAAGAAUUUUUUUCCCAAUUAUACUGCUGCUGGUGCUCAGCCUGAGAUUCGUAUAGCCAUGCAAUCAAAGGAUAUUAUUGAAGCAGCAGAUGAAACCAUAGGAAGGUGGUUCUAUGAUGCAUCCAUUCCCUUCAAUGGAGCAAACUCUUAUCAUUAUCAGCCUAUAGCAGAUGCGAUUGCUAGUGUAGGGCGAGGGUAUAAAAUGCCCUCUUUUCAUAAAUUGCGAGGUAAAAUUCUCAACAAUAUAGUUAGAGAUGUGAAGACAUAUUGUGAUGAACUAAAAUUGAGCUGGAAAGCUACAGGAUGCAGUGUAAUGGCAGAUGGGUGGACAAACAUCAAGAACAGAACAUUGGAUCUUGGUGAAAGAGAUGAUAUGAAGUUGACAGUUCAUAGAUGCCAAGAAAUCACGAAGUUUAUUUACAAUCAUGCUUAUGUCUUGAAUUUGAUGAGGAAAUUCACAAAUGGGGCUGAAUUAAUUCGACCUGCACAAACAUGGUUUGCUACAAAUGUUUUGACUGUGCAGGGUAUAGUCAAGCAAAGAUCUUCUCUCAGGCAAAUGUUUUCAAGUGAUGAUUGGGCUGCAUAUCCACAUGCCUAUAAAAGAAAGGCUACGACAGUUGUGGAUACCAUCUUCGAUGCUGACUUUUGGGAAUCAUGUGUGCACUUAUUGAAGAUUUGUGUACCUCUAGUGAAAGUCCUCAUAUUAGUUGAUAGUGAAGAUAGACCUUCUAUUGGAUAUUUAUACGAGUCUAUGGAUAGAGCCAAGGAGGCCAUUAGAGAUAAUAUGAAGGGAAAAAAGAAGUUGUACAUGCCUAUAUGGAAAAUUAUAGAUGGAAGUUGGUCUGGACAACUUCAUCGCCCACUUCAUGCAGCAGCCUACUACCUAAAUCCUGCUAUUAGAUUUCUUCCCACUUUUAAGAAGGACAGAGAGGUCGAGUAUGGCAUGUUGGAUUGCAUUGAUGUAUUAGUAAGUGAUAGUAAAGAACAAGACGCUAUCCAUAUGUCGAUCAACAAAUAUGAUACGGCUUUUGGUACCAUGGCGAGAGACACAGCAGUUCGAUGCAGGACAACUAUGCGUCCAGAUUUGUGGUGGGAAAGGUUUGGGCCUGAUUGCCCAGAAUUAAGGAAGCUUGCAAUUAGAAUCCUCAGUCAAACAUGUAGUGCAACUGGAUGUGAAAGAAAUUGGAGUGUAUUUCAGCACAUCCAUAGUAAGAAGAGGAAUAGGCUGGAACAUAAAAGGUUGAAUGACCUUGUUUACGUUCGUUAUAAUAUGAAGUUGAGACAAAGGCAACUAGAAACAACAUCUACGAGGAAGCAUCACAAUCAAUAUGAUCCUAUCUUCAUUGACCAUUUUGAUAUAUUAGAUUCUUGGGUUGAAGAAGAACCAGCUGCAAUACUUGAUGAGGACGAUCUUGAUUUUUUGAAUGUUGAAGGAGCAGCAGAGAUUGUUGAAGAAGGAGAGGCUGGGGGGGAGCAAUGGAAUGUUGGUGACAUUCCAUUUGCAACAGAGGGGUUAGAAGAAGAAGUUAAUGAAGAAAAUGAAGAUGAUGAUGAAGAAUGAAGAUGAUGAUGCAAAUGA